AUGGCCCUGCAACCACGGGCUUACUGGUGCGCCUUCUCCAUGGGCACUGAGGUACGCCCGGCCGCCAGGAGAGGACCCAGCCUGGACGGCGGCGGUACCGCUACCUGGUGCCCCGCUGAGGCUACCGGCACUGCUGCUUCUUCAGCAAGUUCAAGGCUAACUCGGGGCACGCUGAAGAGGCGACGCCUCCCAGAGAGGGAAGCCCAGCCCCAGGCGGCCCCCAACGCCCGAAGGGGCCGCCGGCCGCCUCCUCCGGCCGCCCCGGGAUCACCUCAGCGGCCCCCCGCCCUCCCCGCCCCGGGCUGCCGCCAUCCCUCCCACACGGCCCCCCCGCAUCUCCGCCCUAUGGCACUUACUCGCGGCCCCGGGGGGAGGCGCGGGGCUCGUCUCCGGCGGAACGAUCCCGCACUUACCCUCUGGGGAGGGGGAACCUCUCCCGCCGAGGGGGCCGAAGCCAGCGCCAGGCCAAGCGCGGGAUCCCACCGCCGCUGUCGCCCUCCGCCCUGCGGGGAGGCGGGAAGGGCUCCCCUCCGCCGCCGGGCCGAGGCGGGCGCCCUGCCGCCGCCGCCGUGCCCCCCUCAGGCCAUCUCGGGGCGGUUCCUCACCCCCAGCGCCGGUCCUCCCUCCAUUAGCUCCCCCUCCAUGUUAGAGCCGCUUCUAAACGCGGCAGACCCCCUCCCCGGGGCGGGAAGCCGCGGCCUCCCCCCGCCCGCACCGCCGCCUGGGUGCUAUCGCUCCCCGUGCCUUGUCCUGCCGGGAGGUGCCCUGCAGCUCUGCCCCUCCGGGACGGCCUCUCUCCACAGCAACCCCCCUUUUCGAGGGAAAGAGGCAUCCCCCACCCCUCCCGCCGCCCGCCUCCCCGGGGCUGAAGCCGCCUUUACCUCGUUUCAGUCACCCGGCGGUGCAGGGGGAAGAGCUGAGGGGCGGGAGGGUCUCUCCCGGCUGGGGACCCUUCAACAACCGCACUACAACCGAAACAACCCGACAGCACUUCCACACCCGCAGCGGAGUCCCCGGGCUUCUCCUCGGGGGAGGCACCACUUCCUGCGGCACGUUUCGCCCCGCGGGCUACCCACCGGCCCCGCUGCCUCAGGGCACCCCGGCGGCUCCUCAGCGGGCAGCAGCGUUUCCUCCGCGGCUUCUCAGGCCGGUGCCUCCCGGGACACACAUGCUUGUGCUGGGGGCUGGCUUUGA